AGGAACCGUCUCUUGCGCCGCUUCGUUCUCGAUCCCUGCUCGAUAGAGUGGUGUCCAAUGAACAUUAUUGCUUACACAGGACCCGGCUGAGACGUUGCCUUCGGCACGCAGAGCCAGGCUCGCUAGUCUACGAAUUUAUAUUAACGGGAGCAACGAACCGAGGGCCACGAAAGAGCGAGAUGACCAGAAGUUGGUGGCUGCUGACAGUCAAACAUCGAACAUCGCCGGUUCUCCCGCCGGGACGAUCCCCGGCCUCAGUGAUUGGUGCAUUGACCCUGAUCGUGAUCGCGGUGGAGUUACUUGGUGUCCGAUUGGCUAUGGCCUUAAUCAGAUCGAUAUUGGGGUUAGAUUACCCGGAAAUAAUCCCUUUGUCGUCCGCGGUUGAAUUGCGUGCUGCUGGAAUUGAGUUUGCGGCUUCAGAAGGGAAUUUCGGAGACCAGCAACAUGAACAGCACCUCUUGGGUCAAUAAUGGAUUUGAUCAGUAGGAUCGUUAAUUUCCGGCAGGGGAACCGUGAUUACUCAUGUCUAUCGUCUCGGCCGCGGUGUCCGAGUGUCCCCCGGAUGUUGGCGGAUUAACGAGUCAGUUGUGACAAUGCGACCAGUCAAUCGACAUUUACUUUUGCUCGUAUCACAAACAUUUAUGCUUAUUGUGAUGUGUGUCUUCUCUGCCAGUCU